AUUAGCCACAGACCUGGAAGGUGACACACUGACUUAUGAAAUCAAUGGGCCCAAUGCUGCCUACUUCACAGUUGACAGAACCACUGGGGUUGUAUCCAUACAAAGGAACCUAGAUAGAGAGGCUUCUAAUUAUAUGACGCUUGGAGUUUAUGUCUAUGAUGGUCAAACUGGAACACAGAAAGAUUUAACUCUAAUAAUAGAGGAGGCCAACGACAACAAACCAAUAUUCCAGGAGCCUUCAUAUGACAUUGAUGUCAACGAAAAUACCGCCAUAGGUGCAUCUUUGUUCAAGGCGGAGGCCACUGAUGCAGACACCUCAAGCGCUGGGGUUAUUACUUACAGCAUUGAUGAAGUUACUCCAAUUGCUGGAUUCAGUCUUUUCAGCAUUGUAGCCACAACUGGCGAAGUCAGAUUAAAGGGAAAUCUGAAUUACACUGCUCUGAGUACUUUCUAUCGGUUGAGGAUUAACGCAACUGAUGGUGGAGGUGCCUGUCAUUAUAAGCCAAUUAAAAACUACUUCUCAAGCGUUGUUUUUUCCUUCGUCACGGUUGUGGACGUCCCAGACCUGGACCCACAGUUCAUUGGUCUGCCCUACGUGGGGAAAGUGGAAGAAAACGCUCUCUCGGACACAACUGUGUUUAGAGUAACGGCCAUGGACCAGGACACAGGAGUAAAUGAUAAUUUGCUCUACAGCAUUGAAGAUUCCACAGCAGCAGUGGGCCUGUUCAAAAUCUCACUAAUUGAUGGCAUCAUAUCUGUGUCGUCGGGUAUUGACAGAGAAGAGAUUGGUGACACUGUUACCCUGACUGUAAAGGCUACUGAGUCUAAAGAAAACAUCCACGGAGUCCGAGCCAGCACCACAACAGAUGUACAGAUCAACAUAAUCGACAAAAAUGAUAACCCGCCAAAGUUUUACAAGUGUGGAGACACAGCAGACGAGCGCUCUUGCGUCAUUGCGAGUGACUUUACAGGAGAUGUCGUUGAGCACUCGUUGGGUGCUGUUUUCAUCAACAUGACAGUAAAAGAUCUGGAUAAGAUAAAAAAAACUAAACUAACCCUGGAGGGAGUCAACAGUGACGUGUUUUUAGUGGAGCCUCAGUCUACCGCAUCGGACAGCAUCGUUCAGCUUCUGGUCAAGCAGCCCCAAAACCUGGAUUAUGAAAAAAUACAGAGAAUUGUUCUAAGUGUCAUUGCCAUCGAUGAAGAAGACACCUCCUUCCGUUCCACGGCUACAGUUACUAUUAACAUCAAGGACGCCAAUGACAACAGCCCCGAGUUCCCAAACGACACGUACAAGUUGGAGGUGGCUGAGCACUCUCCUGCUGGGACAGUGUUGGACAUCAUUACUGCAGAUGAUCCUGACACAAUGGAUCAAGGCAACAUCACCUACAAACUUCUUCCAGAAAGCAUACUGCUGUAUUUUGACGUGGAUCCAAAUACGGGCGCAGUUUCCGUGAAAAACGCGACUCUGUUGGAUCGCGAGGUCAGAUCUCUGUAUUCAGCCACUCUGCAGGCCAGAGACACAGACGGCAAGCCUGGCAGCACAGUGCUGGAAAUCACUCUGACUGACAUCAACGACCACCCCCCAGUCAUGAACAGAGACUCCUACCAGGAGUUUGUUAAAGAGGGGCAAAAGUUUGAACUUAAGAUACAGGCAACUGAUGCAGAUGAAUCUGGUACACAAAACAGCCAAUUAGUGUUUGGAAUCGAACCCAGCAGGUACAGUGAUAACUUCACCAUCAAUCCUGAAACCGGUGUGCUGGCUAACAGGGGUAAUCUCGACCGAGAGGCCCUGGAUCCGGACCUGGACGGGAGGAUCGAGCUUAACGUAACCGCAACUGACAAGGGUGACCCCCCAUUGUCCACCAUGGUCCCAGUCAUCAUCAAUGUGGAGGAUGUUAAUGACAACGGACCAAAGUUUAAAGCCCUCUCUUACAAAUUCUCAGUCAAAGAAGGAGAAAAAGGUGCCUUUGUGGGCUCUGUUCAAGCUGAGGACUUGGAUCAAACCACAGAGUUCAACCGCAUCUCUUACAGCAUCAUUAAUGGAGGUUUCGGCAGCUUCAUCAUUCGCACCUUUGCAGAUGAGCGGGGAUACAGGGGAAACAUCACCGUAGACUUCGACCUUGAACUUGACUAUGAGAGCACUCACAAGCGGUACAAACUGCAGGUAGAGGCAGCAGAUCUAGAACAGGUGAAAGCCACAGUGAUGGUGGAGGUGGAUGUGUUGGACGUGAACGAUGAGAGGCCCGAGUUCAAGCCGUCAGAACCUGUGAAGGUGAAGGAGAACACCACCAUCAGCGGGGCAGUCGGGAGCUUUACAGCGCAGGACAAAGAUGGGCACCACUCACUGGUCUACGAGCUGGAAUCCAUCAAAUGCAGAUGCAACGGCUCUAUGACUGACUGCAGCUGGUUUAUCCUCGAUCCAACAGGCGAAGUCAGAGUCAACCCGGAGCACACAAUAGAUUAUGAACAGUGUGACCUGGCGGUGAUUGAAGCUCAGGUGGUGGACGAGUACACAGAGAAAGGAGAGAAUAACAGUGUCACAACAGGAGAAAUGGUUAUCGAAAUUGAAGACAUCAACGACAAUGCUCCAGAAUUCAUUUUGUCAAAUUCGGUUUUUGUUGUGGUGUCAGAAAGUGCAAGUAAAGGGACAUCUGUAGCGGGAGUCAGUGCUACAGAUCGGGACUCUCUAAUAAAUAGGCAGAUUGAAUUUGAAGUUACAGGAGUCAAAUUUGAAGACAACAACAAUAAGACAAGUGAUAUGAGGAUGCUGUACGAGGCCGUCACUACGCAGCAAAAGGACAUUUACGUUGGGAUUAUUCAAACCACCGAGGGGCUUGAUACAUCACUGAAAGGGAGGUAUUUGGUCAGCGUGAGUGCAACUGACAGCGGCGAACUGUCCACCAGCACCGUACUGGAGAUCUUCGCAGUUGAUGAAUCCUAUAGAGUGAAUCUUAAAUUUACACAAUCCCAAGCCAUGGUUGAAGAAAACCUCAAUGAAAUCAUCAGGGCACUUAUUUCUGCCACCAAGGCUGCGGUUGAAAUCGCUGGAAUCGGGUCUGAAUUUCCGGAAUCCUCCAGGGCUUCAGGUAACACGAUCGUAGUGGCAUAUUUUGUCUACUCCAACGGGACUGCUCUUACCUCUACUGAAGUGGAGACAAUGAUCUCGGAUCCUGACCACGCUUAUAUACUCAUAGAGCUUGGCCUGGCGGACAUUCCCACGUCCCAGUCUCCUCUAUUCACAACUACAGAUGCCUUGCUAUCUGCUGAGCCUAACUUCACAAACUGCUGCGAUGAUAUUCUGGACUUUCAGUGCCUCAACUUUGAGGGCUAUUAUCAACCACAGAAUAUACUUCCAUCCUCCCCAUCAGAUCUGUGUUCACUGGAUGCUCCCACUGAUCCUUUCAGCAGUCCCCUUUCUCACAGCCCGUCUGACACAUGGGCCAAUGAGACGCCAUACCUUGGCCCUCCGAGUCCAGGAAAUAACUUCACAAAUGAGGAUCUGCAGUUUUUUCCUGGUUUUAUUUCUUCCAAAAGUGACACUGUUCCUUUGGAAUGUGAAGUGAGGGAUACUCCCAAAGACAGAAACCAACCCAACACCAGUUUCGGUUUUGCAGCUCUAGGCAACAUUGACUUCACUGCUAAGGAUCGACUUUUUAGUAAAAAUCCAGGAAUGAGGCUGUCCAGAGAAGAUCUCAGAACUCAGUCCGUGGUCAGCAAGCCUCUAUUAUUUGGUGCAACACCGUCUUCUGUUACGCCUCAAACUCCUGUUACUUUAACCCCACCAUGUAUCAAUGUAAAGGCGAGCACCAGCCAAUCAAAAGCCCAGUCAAACCUUAGAACCCAGGGCCCCUUCCAUCGUAUGACCAUUCCUAGUAAAUCCCAGACUUUUUCAAGUUGUCAGCCGAACACAGCAAGAGGAGUACCCCAGAAUUGCUUGCCUAAAUCUGUCCCAGCAUCUCAAACUGCUAAAAAAUUCCCCUCUUCUCAACUCUUCACUUUGAAAAAUCCAAAUCCUCCCGACAAUCCAUUCAAAUUCCAAGAGAAAAACUCCACAGUUAUUCACAGGGUGCUUAAGUAUCAGGGGGGGAACCAGAGUCAGAACCUGUAUAGUGCACCUUGCAAAGACGCCAUGGCUGCUGGCAGCCCGAUUGCCACAUCUAGAACAUUUGGUGCAAAAUCCGGUGCAUUUGAGAAAACCCAGCAGUGCCAGAAACUAAGUGUGGACAGUCACCAUAAAGGCAACGUUUCUGUUCAUGGGUUUGGAAAAGAUGUUGGACAUUUUGGUUCCUCCAGCAACCCCAGCAGGGCCAACCCUCAUUUCAAUAAACCCAACUCUUUACCUCUGUCUUUUGGCAAAAAUACAAUGCCAUCUGACAAACAUGAAAGUGGUGAACCUAACUUGACAUUCAAAAACAUGCAAAGACCCCUUUUCUUUCCUAGCAAAGUGUCUGAUGGUUAUUCGUCAACACAAGACAAGAAAUCCACUUCGUCCGCAACCUCAGACAAGCACCAGUCAUGCUUUAUUCAGCAAGAUCCCUUUGAUUUUAGCUUCAGUUCGCCCAUGCCUCAGCACAACAAUCCCCAAGUGGCACACAGUACACCUACUGGUACGCCGGCACCAGCAAACAAGAGUCAGUCCUCAACCUCCUCGGCCUCUUUCCCUUAUGGCUAUCAAGGUCCUCCUUACGUAGUUAAUUUCAGUGGAGAUCAUUCAUUGACCCUAGGUCUCAGGGAUGGGGCUGAUGGUUACCCAGGGUUAGGCUCGACAAACUACACCUACCACUGUCUGAUGGAACCUUCAGGCACCCAAGGGAGACUAGUUCUUGAGCCCUGUGGACCACAACUGCCUAACCCAGCAUCUUUUUCUUUGGGUGGAUUUUCAGGGCUCAAAGGUCAGGAUGAACAUUGCAGAAAGGACAUGCAUCAACAGUAUCAGCCUGGGGAACAACAAGGCACACAACACUAUGGGAAUGUUCCAUUGUCUCACUCAAUGGGUGCCACAAAACCCAAGAGAGUGAGGUUAGUGGUGACGGACGGCACAGUAGACUUAGAUCUCCAGUACUCGGAUUGA